AAUUAGUACAAUCCUCUUAGUCAAGUCUCCACACAAUCCUCCUGUAUGAUAUGGUCUCACUUUACAUUCUGUUUGGGUUUCAGGAUUUUGAGUCAACUCUCAGAGCCCUGAGAAUCCGCAAGGAUGAGCUCAUAGAGAAGAAGGGCCAGAUGAAGGAAUAUCUGCAGAAAUUUGACAACUUUCUGAAGGAGAACGAGGUGAAACGAUGUCGAGCUGUUAGGAAGGCCGGCCGAGAGAAGGAACUGACCAAUCAGAAGCAGGUGGACCUGCUCACUCUCCAGGAGGAGAUGAAAGCUCUCGUCAAAGAGAGGGACCGUCUGGAGAAACGAGUGCAGAAGAAUGCCAUAUAUCCCCAUUACCUUGAUAAAGUGGUACAGGCCAGUGAACAGGAAUCGAGAUGGGCCCACAUUCAGAACACAGCUGCAAAGAAGACACUGCUGUUGGGCACAAUCAAGAUGGCCACUCUUAAUCUGUACCAGUGUGUGUGCAAGAGGGCGAAAGACACUGGAGAAUCACCUAUUUCCCCAGAGGACACUGUUAAGCAGCUGGAGAAGGUACUUUAGGGUACUGUUAACUCACGACUCAUUACUCAUGAAAUCACAGCACAUAGUGCAUCAUAGGGCAUAAAUCAUAGGGGGGUAGAAAUGAUUCGCAUCCUGAUAUGUGACCAUUGUGCUCUGAUGCAUAAUUUACCGGUCUCUGAUCACAGGGAUUUCUUUCAUCUGCCAGAAUAUAUAGCGGAUAUCAUAUCAUAUUGACUAGACAUUUGCAUAAAUUGUGAAUCCUCUAUUACUCAUUCAUCAACUCUGUCAGGUAUUCAGAGGGCAUUUCCACUAGACCAGCGUGUUCAUAUAACUAAUAUGACUUAUUUUGACAGAUCCAGACCUUCCUAGCUGAUCUGAUCUGCAUUUGGGAGGAGGUGAACAAGCCAGAUCAGCCAGGGCCAACCGGACACAAAUAGAUGAUCCGCAUCAAUCAAUAUAGCUGUUUUUGAAAGUUUAGAUGCUAUACUAUAUUGUCAUUGCCCUUUGCUUGUCAACAAAAAGUAUUAUUGCACUGAUCAGAUCAAAAAUAAAGAUCUUUUGAGACACGGAUAGUGUAUUUUGGGGG